AUGAAGAGAAAAUGGGAUAUCGAGAAAGAUCAUGUGGAGAACCUUCGACAACGAAUUUCCAAUAAGGAUGGGAAGAUAGACCGACAGGAGGCCGAGAUCCAGCAACUUCAAGAGGAAUUGGACAAAUAUCGUCUGUUUGAGUAUGUCCCCGAGGAGAUAGAUAACUUACGGACUCGUUUGGGCAUGUUUCAAAGACUUGCUAGUGAUAAAACGUUACUAGCCGAUAAUCUGGAGAGUCAAAAUGGUUCCCUUAGGCUUCAAAAUCGAUAUCUUCAUGAAGAUCGGCGACGAAUUUUGAGGGAAAAAGUUGUGGCCGAACAGUCCAACCGAGAUCUUAUUGAAAGGACCAAGGGUUUCGAUAAGCUGUCCACCGAGCAGGGUCGUGCUAAGGAUCUGGAGCGAGAUGUGCACAACCUCGGGCAAGAGGUGGAGCAGUGGAAGAAGGCUGAAGGCGAGAUGAAGGUUAAUCUCCAAGCCGCCGAGUCGAGGUCCGAGCAGCUUUCUCAGCAGAUUGUGGACGAGAGAAACGCUCAUCAGAGCGAUCUUGCUGAGGAGAUCAAGGCCGGUGUAAACGAGUACAUCGCGCAAAAGCGCCGCGAGGUUUCUCAGAGGAAGGGAGGGGCCGGUGCUGCUCCACCCAGGAGUUUAUCACGCCUUUUGUAG